CUAGUUUUGAUCCAGCUAACACAUAUAUAUUGUACGCCAUAUCAAUCCAUACAGUGGCGGUGCCUUUGCUGAAAGAAAGCAUCUUAAUAUCUUCUUGGUUCAUCGGUUCAAUCGGUGAGGAAAGAGGCUAAAGAGAAAGAACAAAAUAUAUAAGGCCAUAUAGCUGAAGUUAGAGAGAUGAUAUCCCCAACAAGUCCCCUCAACAUGGAAGAAAUGAAGAAACUGGAGAUUGAAAGAGAUCAUCAGGAAAUGGAAGAGCAGCUUCCAAUUGGUGAGAUCCAACCUCAGAAAUGGUCAGAACAGAUAACACUGAGAGGGCUAUUAGUGAGCUUGAUGAUUGGAAUCAUUUACAGCAUAAUAGUCAUGAAGCUCAACCUCACCACUGGCAUGGUUCCUAACUUGAAUUCCUCUGCUGCUCUCAUUGCUUUUUUGCUUAUAAGAAGCUGGACCAAAGUGCUUAACAAGGCUGGCUUUGUCUCCAAGCCCUUCACUCGCCAAGAAAACACCAUCAUACAGACUUGUGCUGUUGCAUGCUAUAGCAUUGCUGUUGGAGGAGGAUUUGCUUCUUAUCUGUUGGGAUUGAACAGGAAGACUUAUGAGUUGUCAGGAGUGGGGACGGAAGGUAACAAUCCAAAUGCUGUUAAAGAACCUGGAUUUGGUUGGAUGUCUGGCUACCUUUUUGUGGUUUGCUUUGUUGGCCUCUUUGUCUUGAUUCCACUCAGGAAGGUCAUGAUAGUUGACCUCAAAUUACCUUAUCCUAGUGGUUUGGCAACAGCAGUUCUCAUCAAUGGUUUCCAUACACAGGGUGACAAAAUGGCCAAGAAGCAAGUUAAAGGAUUCAUGAAGUAUUUUUCUAUCAGUUUCUUAUGGGGUUUAUUCAAGUGGUUCUUCUCAGGCAUAGAGGAGUGUGGAUUCGAACAGUUCCCUACCUUUGGAUUGCAAGCUUGGAAGCAAACAUUCUACUUCGACUUCAGCAUGACUUAUGUGGGAGCAGGAAUGAUUUGCUCCCACCUUGUGAACUUGUCUUUGCUCCUUGGAGCUGUGCUGUCUUUCGGAGUCAUGUUUCCGCUUAUUGAUCGGCUUAAAGGAGAUUGGUUCCCUGACAAAUUAGAAGAGAGUAACAUGAAGGGUUUGUAUGGUUACAAGGUUUUUCUAUCAAUUGCUCUGAUCCUUGGUGAUGGCAUAUACAGCUUCACUAAGAUUCUAGUUUCCACAGCCCUCAGUGUACUUGAAAGAAUGAAGAGCAAGACUCAUAAAAAUGAUGCUGAGAGGCAGGGGAAUCGCACUGGGAACCUUAAGCAAGCUGAAACAUUGGUCAGGGAGAGCAUUCCCAUGUGGAUUGGGGUCGUUGGAUACCUUGUUUUCACUUUGGUUUCCAUAAUUAUAAUCCCACACAUGUUUCCUCAGUUGAAAUGGUACUUCGUUGUGGUUGCUUACAUUUUUGCUCCAUCCCUUGCAUUCUGUAAUGCUUAUGGAGCAGGUCUCACUGAUAUAAACAUGGCAUAUAAUUAUGGCAAAGUUGCGCUCUUCACACUCGCAGCGAUGACCGGAAAAGAGAAUGGUGUGGUGGCCGGACUUGUAGGCUGCGGUAUCUUCAAGUCUGUGAUCUCAGUGGCUUGCAUUCUGAUGCAAGAUUUCAAAACUGCUCAUUACACACACACCUCUCCCAGGGCAAUGUUCGUAUGCCAAAUAAUCGGCACCGCAAUUGGCUGUGUGGCAACUCCUCUGAGCUUCUUGCUCUACUACAAGGCAUUUGAUGUGGGCAACCCGCAUGGAGAAUUCAAAGCCCCAUACGCGCUAAUUUACAGAAACAUGGCGGUUAUAGGUGUUCAAGGUUUCUCAGCAUUACCCGACCAUUGCUUGCAGCUUUGCUAUGUGUUCUUUGCUUUUGCCAUAGGAGCAAACAUGGUGAGAGAUUUGUCACCCCAGAAGAUAGGGAAAUGGAUGCCAUUACCAAUGGUCAUGGCUGUGCCAUUUCUGGUGGGGGCGUACUUUGCAAUCGAUAUGUGCAUGGGUAGUUUGGUUGUGUUCGUGUGGCACAAGCUCAAGUCCAAGAAUGCGGAGUCGAUGAUUCCGGCGGUUGCCUCUGGAUUGAUCUGUGGUGAAGGACUAUGGACUCUUCCUGCUGCUAUUCUUGCUCUUGCAAAAAUCAAUCCUCCUAUCUGCAUGAAAUUUGUUGAUUCCUGAGACUGACCUACCACAGAGGAAUGAAUGUCUCAGGCUGUUCAAUAAUGCUAUAGGAAUUAGAGAGCGCACCCUUUUUUUUUGUUCAAAGCUAGUUCACUCUGAAGCACACAUCAAACAAAAUCAAAAUGCAACAAGGAAGAAUGUCACCUCCGCAUAGUUAGCACUGAAAUACAGUUUGUAAAAUGACGAUUUUCUGACAAAAUAAGGCAGGUUUCUGCAACGCAGCUCUUGCAGGCACAUCCCCCAAACCCUAACUAACAACCAAACCUUACCCCUGUUCAAUAUUGGGCAAUUUUCAGCCUUACCUGAAAAUGGGUUAUGAAUGUGUAAUCGACCAAGUAUGAAAUCAAAGAUAGGAUCAAAAGGCCGCUAGGUUUGAAGCAGCAGGAGAAAAUCAUAGAGAUGCAGCUGCUGUUUAAGUUCAGAUUUUAGUUCCUUAAAUUCUGCAGUUAUUGUGAAAUGUAUGUUGGUAAAAACACUGGUUGGUGAUUAAACUCAGAUUUAACAAUUGUAUUGAAAUGAUUUCAUACAUUACUCAAUAUUAUACACAAGUUCGCGGAGAAGUGAAAAAAGCUGGGUAAUGAGUUCGUCCUGAAUUUAACAAAUCAAAUUGGUGAUACAUUAAACAAAAAUUAUAUUCAUCCUGCUAUUAUACCCGCCAGUACAUCACUUUUGCCUCGCACAUAAAUGGUGUAAACUAGACGAAUUGCAUCCAGCCAUCCAUCCAAUGACUCCCAAGAGUCAGCAACC